UUUUUCUGAGCUGAAAGACAGGACUUGGAGAGGCCGGCUUAAACUGAACAGCACUCCUGUGGGCUGAAUGCAUGCCAACCCAACAACAGGACGGAACACCGAGAAAAACACUGGGUUACAGACACACAGUCGAUUCAGAAACAGAUGAUAAGAAAUGUGAAGCUCUUUAGUUGUCACAGUGUCGGACCAGUCAACAGUAACCGGGAAAGAUGGCGAGGACACAGACUCGCAUGUUCCUCGCCUGGGCUUUGCUGGGAAUUUUCUUCCUCGGUGUCUCGGUGAAAGGAGAGCUGCAGGGAGAUCAACAGGAGGAGGAGGAGGAUGAGAGGUCCUGUCAGGGCGCCUUCGACCUCUAUUUUGUCCUGGACAAAUCUGGAAGUGUGAAGCAUCACUGGAUAGAGAUUUACUCUUUUGUGGAGCAGCUGGCGAAGAAGUUCAUCAGCCCCAUGCUGCGAAUGUCCUUCAUCGUCUUCUCCUCACACGGAAAAAUUAUUCUAAAACUGACGGAGGACAGGGAGGCCAUCAACGGAGGCUUACAAGGUCUGAGUAGAGUUGUCCCUGGAGGAGACACAUUUAUGAACUUAGGCUUGGAGAUGGCUAAUGCACAGAUUCAUCAAGAGAAGCAAGGGACAGCCAGCGUGAUUAUCGCUCUGACCGAUGGAGAACUAAAUGACUGGCAGUUUGAUACAGCUCAGCGAGAGGCACAGAGGGCCAGGUCAAUGGGAGCCAUUGUUUACUGUGUAGGGGUCAAAGAAUUCAACAAGACUCAGCUGGCCACUAUUGCAGACACUGUGGAACAUGUGUUUCCUGUAACGGGAGGCUUCCAAGCCCUGAGGGGAAUUAUUGACUCGAUCAUUAAGAAGUCCUGCAUUGAGAUUCUAGCGGCCGAGCCGUCCAGUGUGUGCGCAGGAGAGCGUUUCCAGGUGGUGGUGAGAGGAAAUGGCUUCCUCCACGCCAGAAACACUGACCAGGUGCUCUGCAGCUUCAAACUGAAUGAUACACACAGUGUGGAUGAGAGACCAGCUGACAUAGAGGAUACCUUCCUGCUCUGUCCUGCUCCUGUCGUGGAUGAGGUUGGGAGGGUGAUCUACCUGCAGGUGAGCAUGAAUGAGGGCCUCUCCUACAUCACCAGCUCUGUCCACAUCACUACCACUGAAUGUUUUGACGGCACCAUCGUGCUGGUAUCCUUGUCGGCGGUGUUCCUGUUGUUGGCUCUGCUGAUGAUGUGGUGGUUCUGGCCUCUCUGCUGCACUCUGGUGAUCAAAGAACCUCCACCACCUCCUCCUCCAGAGCCAGAGUCAGACGAUGAGGAUGGGAUGCCCAAAAAGAGGUGGCCCACAGUGGAUGCAUCCUACUAUGGAGGAAGAGGAGUGGGUGGCAUCAAACGCAUGGAGGUGCGAUGGGGGGAGAAGGGCUCGACUGAGGAAGGGGCAAAGUUGGACAAACCUAAAAAUGCAGUUAUAAAGAUGCCAGAUCAGGAAUUUGAACCGUAUGAGCCCAAACCACGAAAAGCACGACGCGGACCGCAAGAGCCAAGGAAGUGGUACUCACCCAUUAAGGGAAAGCUAGAUGCUGUGUGGUCUUUGUUCAGGAGAGGUUACGACCAAGUAUCUCUGAUGAGACCACAGUCUGGAGACGAGGGUCGCUGUAUUAAUUUCCAGCGAGUCAAAGAUGGGGAGUCCACCCCGAACAACCGGCCCCCUCCUCGCACUCAUCACUCCCCCACCCCGGCCCCUCCUCCUCAGCCCGCCGAAGAGCGACCUCUUGUGUCCAACUCUGUCCCUCGUAUCAAGCCUCCGUCGAGAGGGCCCCGCACCACGCCACCCUCCCGCGCACCCCCCCCC